UAAGUUGGACAAUGUCUCAGACGAGAGUCAUAACUAACUUUGUGUCUCGCUGAGCUAGAAAGGGUGUGGGACCUGUAAAGCGUAACUACUUACCUUCCUCAUCAGUAGGACCCAUAACGACUUAUCUUUACACCCUGGUCUCAGUUCUCGGCCACGAAUGCCCCUCCCGCUCUACUACACUGCUCUAUCAUAGCACACAAAUAAAAUCGGUCCAAACUUUCCCGGAGAGGAGCAGAGGGAGAGCAGAAGGAGUGCUUGUGUUCAUGAGAACUUACAGACGGAGAGCUCAUUGGUCCCAGUGGAUCGAGCGACACUGUUCCUCUCAUAACGUCAUGAUGGCUGAGGCCUGGCUCGCUCCCGACUUGAGAAAACCCGCCCCGACGGUGAGGAAUGCCGAGCCCGUUCAUCAUCCGGGCACAUGUGCAUUACUCCGGUGCACUUUAGAGAGUCUGCCUCAUCUGAAUCGAUUUGGGCUUGAAUGAAGAACUGGGGUGCAAGUACGCUUACGGAAGAGAAGGCUGCACCUGCAUGUCACGCAAAGUCUGUUUGGAUGACUUCUUGCGGUGAACUAUCAUCGGCCUGUCCUCUUCGCUGCAAUCACAUGUGAUAACGAUUGGUUCCUCCAAGGCUUGUGUUGAUUGUCUGCCCCUCCCCGUACACGAACCAUGUGAUUCAACAACCAUGCCCUUUCUUCAAUAAAACGAGUAUCAUGACAAGAAAGGACCUUAUGAGGUUUAGGACCUCGCUGAUUGGGAUUUGCCAACAGUGAUAUUUAUGGGGCAUACGAACAGGCAAGACCGAGAGAAUACAUAUUGCCACGAAGUUGACAUAAAACUCGAACAAGUUGUCCAUUCGCGUGAUUGGAUUGCAGACUGCGUUCGGUAAUUGGACGGCAAAGUUAAGGACAACUGACACAUACCUACGACUAUCAUUCGCACUAAGACCAAAGACAGCCAAGUGAGUUACGCCGACCUUCGAGUUUUUCUCGAGUUCUCGCUGUAAAUAAUGCAUGGGCAAUUGGUGAGCGGAACCAUGACAUCGAGCUGAAUCACAAGUUUCUUUCACCAGGAGUGACGCCGCCUUUAUAUUUUAGUGUUCUUGGCCAGUAAAUCCAUAUAAUUACAUAAAUAUAUCGGUAGUAUACCCUAAAUUUGAUGAGAUUGUCAAAACAGACGUAAGAUUAGAUCGUUGUUAAAAAUCUUUAGACCAAGAACUUGUUUCACCUACCUGAAGUAAUCAUGUUAUGUUCUGAGAAUUAGAAGUAUGCACAAUUAGAUCUUCUCACACUAAACAAAUCAAAUCGUACACACGCCCUAGUAUUUAAUAAAUGGACAAAAGUACAAGAAGUAUAUCUCCUAAUAAGUGGACUCGUACAUAGAUGAAACUUUAUUGCAUUAAAUCCAGGCAAAACGGUUGACAAAUAGCAUGGA